AUGCAGUUGGGACAACUUUCAGAGAGAAUGAGGCGUGUACAUGUAGCCUUGACAUGGCUGUUGAGUCUGUCUUGGUUUGCAGUGUGGGUGGACGUUUUAAGUCUGGAAUCCACCCAAAACUUAUUUGAGAUACGUACCACCUACAACUCGGGAACACUGCCCUAUGGUGCCGAUUCGGAUGUAUUGGCCGUUUCUCCUAUAGAGUGUGUUGUGAUUGCCGUCAUACAGAACCGUCAAAGCAAAGAGGUGGACUUCUACAGGAACUGGGAUCAGUACAAACACGGCUUUGGUGAUCUUCUCGGGAACUUCUGGCUAGGAAACACACAUAUACAUACACUGACCGAAACUCCUUGUGUUCUUCGUGUUGAAGUGGAAUCCUUGAAUGGGACAUUUGGUUUCGCCGAAUACUCGACAUUCCAGGUCUCCAGUGAGAUCAGUGGUUACAAGCUGUCUGUAAAUGGUUACAGUGGAAACAUCAGUGACGCCAUGAGAAAGAACAAUGGUCAGAAGUUUUCCACUGCAGGAAGGGACAACGACAUAUUAGACAAUCAUAACUGCGCUGAACAACGACGAGGGCCCUGGUGGCAUAGAAUGUGCACUCACGCGAAUCUAAAUGGAAUAUACGAGUAUGACUCUUCUAACCUUAAACAGUCGGUGUUCUGGCGGAAUUUUUACGGCAAAGAUACUUUGGCUCCAAUGAAGAAAUCAAGGAUGAUGUUGAAGAAGCAAUGAGGAAGUUUCUAAGGUACUUCCAUCUUCACAGACAGCGUUACAUAUUAUAUAUAUAUAUGUUGCCUAGAGUGUUAGCGGAAAAGAAA